UAUAUGUAUUUUUUUUUCUCCCUGAGGCUUUAUUUUCUCCCUUUUGCUUUUCUAGGCGUGAUGCCUAUGGAUGACUAACUUACUUGAAAAGCAGGAAGUCGAAUAGCUAAAUAUUAUUUUCCUCCAGAUUACUGACAUUUUACAUAACUAAAAAAAGAAAAUCAUAGAUGCAUUACAGUAUACCUUAAAAAAUGAGUGAAGAUCCAAACAGAAAUCUGGAUAAAAACCACGACCAGCUUAAUAAAAAAAGCAGUGUCUCCUCUCCUGAUUCAACGGUAUCUGUUCUUCUAACCAGCAUUGGCAGCAGCAGUUCAUGCUCCUGCAGUUUGAUUCAAUACAAGGACAAGCUUUACAGCUCUGCAUCUGAGGCGCUGCAAGCUUAUAUCGAAGAUUUUGAUCUAAGUCUCACGUCUUCAGAAAUAACCCCUGGGAAGAUCUGCCUGUGUCAAAGUACUCCCAAACCAGCGGAGUUUUCAAAGCAUCACGUCAAAGGAAAACGCUGUGUGUUUUCUGCAACGUUGGAUGACUGUAACGAGCACGUGGGAUUAAGUUCUUUCGCUUCACCCUGUAGAGGGGAGAUGGAAUGUGACCCAGACUCGAUUAGUCUUGCGACAGAUGAUCUGUUAGCUUUUCCAGCAGAUGGAUCGCUGCCCUGCGUCCCGAGCAGGCCUUUUAAAUCAAGACAUCAAAAUAGUGAGUGGAGCAGGUGGCCACUUAAAAAAUCUGUCUGCCCUUCCCACACCGUGUCACUCCAUACUGAAAGGGGUUCCUGUCUUCAGGAGAACAGCAAAGCUGAUGCUAAUCAGAAUGUACACAAACCCUUUAAUAAAAGGAAAUACGAUGUGUUUACACCUAACAAGUACUCUAUCUCCUCGAAAGGAAGUUCCAGACCCUUAUCUGUUGAGAACUCUGCCACUUUUCCUGCUAAGAAUUACCCAAGGUGGCUUACCAGUCAGAAGGCUGAUUUAAGCGUAUCAGGGAUAAGCAGUAUUCCCAGUUUUCACUACCCAGUCUGGCUGAAGAGUCACAACCUUUUCUCUGCUGCGACUAAAGAAAGUGAUGGACACAAUUUUAACACCCAAAGCAAAGCUUCCUCUUCGCAGAUUUCUGAAAUGCUGAAAAACCAGUGCUCCGUAGAUGAGGACGGUGCUGAUUUUCUUAAAAAAAGUAGUUGCCUGGAUCUGACAGGUGAUAAUGAAGUAGCAGAAAGUUGCAAGUAUGACAGCCCAGAUGCACUCCUCCAAUCUGGUACCUCCUUUUCAAAGCACACCAAACAGUCAUUCGGAGAAGACCAACUUGAGCUGCUCACUUUGAAGGCUGAGAGAGAUCUGGAGAGUUCAAAUGAAGGUUUGUCAAACGCUCUGGAAGGUGAUGGCAGUCCUUCUACCACAGAUAUACUCGGAGCAGAAAGAUCCUGGGAAGAUGUUCCAGGGUGCUUUCAAAUCACCGGUGCCUGCAUGCUGGGAGGACAGAAACAAUCCUCUGCCAUUCCCCAAGGCAGACAUCAUCGAUAAAUUCUUGGAAGACUGUUUAGAUGACAAGAACAAGCUAGGGAGAUGAGCCCCGAGCCCAGUGUUCUAGUUCAAAGGCAUAACGUUCAUUUCUGUCGUGGAAAACAUCUUUUCUGGAGAUCAUAAGCACAGACCCCUGGAAGCCUUGAAGCUAAUGUUGUUCAAGCUUCAAGCAAUUCAGGGAAGACUAAACCCGAACGAAACAGCUGAGCAAAAGGAAGAGUUUGAAAAACUUUUUGAAAAAGGAGAUGCUGAAUUAAAACUCUGUGACAGCGAGAUAAUCCCUCUUACCAAUUCUAUUCAGAAGGCUUUACACCAUGUGUCACAUCUUAAGAGUCUUCCUGAAGAUACCAAUGUGAAACAAGAACAAAGUGACAAUCAUCAAGAAGAUAAAGAAGAAAAGAAGCUGAUAUCAACGAAGUUUAAUACUGUGUAAUUUAGAUAAUUUGUCAGCCUGUACAUUGUUCAAUUUUUUUUUGAAAGGUGGACCAGUGCCUGCUCUGAAAAAAAAUUCAUUAUUUAUUCAUUUUAAUAUUAUUAUAAUAUUAAUAUUAUAAUUCAUUUCAAAUAUUAUUAUUUAUUCAUUAUUUCUCUACCUGUUCAUUACUUUCACGAGUUAUCUCAAACCUGGAGUUAUUAGUGCUUCCAGUAGGGUCUAACAACAUGUGAGGAGACACCACUUUUAGAAGAACAUGGAAUUAAAUCAACAUUAACAUUUCAUGGAAAAAGCCCCGUGUAUUUAUAUUUUUCAUAAAAAUAAUAAAAUAAAUAAACUAAACUGUUUGUCCAGUUCUGGGUAUCAUAGUUGCACAGCCUGUUAGAUUUUUUCUUAUUUUCUUAUCAGAAUUUUAUCGCCAAUGAAGAGUAUUUUAAAGAGGGCUUUGAUUGCUUAUAUAUCAACGGAAAAGUAACUUUUAGGAUACAUACACGAGGCACUGCUUGCAGUUAUAGCUGGAAUUUUGUUUUCUUGUAAGCAAAAAUGAAUUUACCACUCAGGAACAAUAAAUGAGUAUGUAAGUCAAGCACCAAACAGCGGUUAUUGCCAUUUCCAACUUGUCAGUGGUGUUCGUUUCCUGGAGGCUAGGUCAAGGAAAAGGCAUUUUAUUGAACCCUAAUCUGUGUUUCGAUAGUGAUGGGGUGGGGAAGGGAGGCAGAAAGCCCGUGUCCAGCACUUGGAGGAAAUAAUAAAUUAGUAGGAGUUGUCAGAAGGAAUGUCACCGUUUCUCAGCAAGUUACCAGAAGUGUUUGCUGAAGAUGUACAGAAGUGUCCGUGAUCGUAUGUAUUUGCAUACGCAGGAAAUCUUUUCUGCAGAAAGCACUUCCUGAAUUGCAGUGUGUAUAUAAAUGAGUAAAACCGAGCUGGGACAGUUCAGGCUUUGAGGAGGACAAGUCUUGUGCUCUCAGACCUUGCGAAGAUCCCAGCGGGGGUUCAUCUAUACUAAAUGGAUAACCAGGCCUUUGAAAUGCACGGGGAGAGAAUACAAAGCUCUUCGAAAGGAAACGAGUGGCCCAAGAAAGAGGAAAGAAAAGGCAACUGGUCGCUGAUGAAAAUCUUCCUGGUUUGUCUGCUGGCCUGCGUUAUCACCACCGCCAUCGGAGUGCUGGUCUUGUCUUUGGUCUACACAACCACCACCCACAUCGUGAAAGAGGUCAGCGUUACAGACGAUGGGGCAACCUCCAUGAAACCAGAGGACAAGAACGUGGACGUCAAGUUCCAGUUCCUCAAUCAUCUGACAAAAUCCAAGGUGUAUAAUUUCCCCGGGGGUGAAAUUCAGUGGGCACGAUUCAGGAAUGAUGUAAACGAGUAUGAAAACGAUGAAGAAAUGGAAUUUGGGAAAAGUAUCAACAACCACCGCUCUUCCAUGACUUUUGGCACCUUGAGGAUCAAAGGCAAAGGGCUCCGGGUCCCCCACUGGCACUUCAAUGCCAACGAACACGGUUACCUGCAGCAGGGCACUGCCUGGAUUGGAGUCAUUGGGGCAGACGGCAGCGGGGUCACCACGUACAACGUCACGGCUGGCCAGGUGAUCUUCUUCCCCAGAAACACCGUGCACUGGAUAAAGAACGUAGGCACGGAGGACUGCGUGUUCUUGCUGUUUUUCACGACACACGAAGAGCUUCAGACCUUGGAUGUAGACGAUGCAUUCUUCUCUACCCCAGAGGAUAUAGCAGCAAGAGCAUUAAAGCCACAAGGUGGGGUCAACUUCAUCAGGACCUUCAAGAAACAAAUGGAAGAUCAAGCGGUCAACCUCCCUCCAAACCUGGACGAGCUCGUAAAAAGUGCCGACUACGUGCAGUCCCCGGACCACCAGGUGUGGCAGUACUUCUACGACCUCAAAGGGUCCAGAGAAUAUCCUUUCCCGGGAGGCAUCUUCCAGUGGGCUCGCUACCGCAGAAAUACCACCGGGCUGAAUGAAACCGAGAAAAUCUUCAGUGAGUCACUGAACAAGCAUGAAAAUACCCUUACCUUGGCAACCCUCAGGAUAUUCAAUAAUCAGCUGGGACAGCCUCAUUUCCACUUCAAUGCUAAUGAGAUGGGUUAUGUCAUUAGCGGCUGCGGACAGGCUGGAGUUAUCACCUCCUCUGGAGCCACCAGCAGCUUCAACAUUGGCAUCGGAGAUGUUAUAUUCUUCCCCGUUGGGACCCAGCAUUACCUUAAAAGCAUCUGUGAUGAAGACUUGCUUCUGAUUCUAGCCUACAGCACAGGCGACCAGCUGGAAACUCUUCGCAUGAACGACUACUUCCACGCCACAGCAGACCACAUCCUUGCUCAGAUUUUCUUCAAGGAACAGGACGAGUUCAAGAAGUUCCCAAGGUCUAAAAAAUAGACUGCCAAUGAGUGGUCUCAGCAGUUCAUGGCUCCACGGAGAUUUUGUACAAGUGCUGUGUUUCUGGCAGCGCCUUCUGAUGCCUUUCUCGCUGUUUAUCCAGAAGAGAUGUUCAGAAAAUGGAAUUUAUGGUUACUACUUUUAUUUUUUUUUUCCUGUUUGUAUUUUUUUAUCACGUAUUAUUUAUAGUGCAAUGUAUUUUGAGUGUGUAUUAAAUUAACUUCUACCUCUGCAA